CUAUCAUUUCUUUCAAUUUUAAAGCCAGAAACAGAGUCACAAAUAGAUCGAAUGCAAAGGCGAGAUGGCGGGAAACGAGGAGCCCAAGUUAAUUUCAGCUUCACCACCAUUACCGUCUCCUUCUUCUUCGAGAGUGAAGAUGGUGGAACAGAAAAAUCAGCAACCAGAAGAGACGUGCUGGAGGAAGCAAGUGGACCGGAACCUGAAGCGGCUCCACUCGCUCCUCUUCGGCGCCGAUCUCGCCCUCGAGCGGCGUGAUCCCUCUGCGGCUUUGAUCCUCGGGCUCCGCCUUCUCGGCUUCCUCGACUCUCAAUCUCGCUCCGAUGUCGACGAGGCUUUUAUCAACCCCAUCCGCCGUGAAGCCGCUGCGAAGGUCGACGCGGCUCGCCGUUCCCUCAUUCCAGAAUCUGAUCGUCGAGCAUUUGAGCAAGCAAAGAGCACUCCAGGUUCUGUGUUUCGAACAAGAGAAGAGAUUGACAUUGAGAAGAUCAAGAAGUCCAAGUACUUUCGGGCUCUUCUUCGGCAUUCUAAUGGAAAAGCAGUGAAUGAAUUGGGAGAUGGUGUGGAGAGGCACAACAAGUUGAGUAGCACGGCUUCAAAAUUCAUGACAGAAGCAAAUUCGAAAUCCAACAUGAUGAGGGCUAGUAAUGGCUUAUACAAAAAAAUUUUAAGCUCCAAAAGCAACAACCCUGAUGACUGCAUUAUUGUGGAAAAGCCUCAUUCACAUAACAUCCACACAAAAGGUCAUGGCUUCUCACCUUCCCCAAAAGUUGAAGAGGAAGAAAGAGCUUAUGGAAGUAACGUAAGGGCAAAACGUGCACAUAGGGAAAUUAUUUCGCCUGUGGUAGAUAAUUCAAAGUCACCAUCUGGCAAUGAAGAAGCUAGCCCCGAUGCUUCUGGAAACGGGUUUGUUACAGCUCGAGCAAUAUUGAAAAUGGAUGCAAGGCAAAGACAGGGGUUAGCCGGAUCGCCAAGUGCUUCUGUCUCCCCUCAAAGUGAUAGCAAUUGUGCCAAUAGAGGUUAUGGUGGGAAAUCAUAUGGUUUUUCACGCCGUGGUGUCCGUGGUAGUUUUGUUCCCCCUAUCAAAUCCAGUGGGGCAAUGUCGGAUGUGACUUCACGAAUUGCUGGAAAGUGUGAUGAUUCACUAGAUGACUCAACAAAGAGAUGUUUAGAGAUGCUAUGUGGCCCUGAUGGUGAGCUUCCAGAAAAAUUAAGAAAUUUGGAACCUCGUCUUAUUGAACAUGUCAGUAACGAGAUUAUGGAGAGGGAUCCUAAUGUUCGUUGGGAUGAUAUUGCUGGUUUGGAGCAUGCUAAAAAAUGUGUGACUGAGAUGGUCAUAUGGCCUCUAUUACGUCCUGACAUAUUUAAAGGUUGUCGUUCUCCUGGAAGAGGUCUUCUUCUUUUUGGUCCACCUGGGACAGGAAAAACAAUGAUUGGGAAAGCCAUAGCUGGAGAGGCGAAAGCAACAUUUUUCUACAUAUCUGCCAGUUCAUUAACUAGCAAGUGGAUUGGUGAGGGUGAAAAGCUAGUGAGGGCCCUUUUUGGAGUAGCCAGUUGUCGUCAGCCAGCUGUGAUUUUUGUUGAUGAAAUUGAUUCACUUCUUUCUCAGCGUAAGUCAGAAGGUGAACACGAAUCAAGUAGACGACUUAAGACCCAGUUCCUCAUUGAAAUGGAAGGCUUUGACAGUGGCAGUGAACAAAUUCUGCUCAUAGGAGCAACAAAUCGACCCCAAGAACUGGAUGAAGCAGCACGGAGGCGGCUCACCAAGAGACUUUAUAUCCCCCUUCCUUCGUCAGAAGCAAGAGCCUGGAUCAUACGCAAUCUCUUAGAGAAGGAUGGACUAUUCAAGCUUUCAAAAGAGGAAAUUGUUACGAUUUGUAGUUUGACUGAAGGGUAUUCAGGAUCAGACAUGAAAAACCUAGUGAAGGAUGCAUCUAUGGGUCCACUUAGAGAGGCUCUGAGACAAGGCAUAGAAAUUACAAAGCUAAAAAAGGAGGAUAUGCGGCCAGUAACGCUUCAGGACUUCGAGAACGCAUUGCAAGAGGUAAGGCCGUCAGUUUCUUUAAAUGAACUUGGUACUUAUGAUGAGUGGAACAAGCAAUUUGGAAGUUUAUCACUCUAGGAAUGAGUUUUGUUAAUGCAAAACGACAAGGAAAAUCACCGCUUGUUUACUUGAUCACAAUAAUGGUAGUAAUUUUUUCUUCA